AUGUCAUCGUUUUCGAAAUCCACGGAGUUCCAAGCCACCAAUGCGGUGAACAGUCUAAUAAAACGCAUACUUCCAGGUAUGCAGAAGAUAGCUGUACAUAACAAGGAUAAAAAGAAAUCGAAGUUUAAGCAAAAGGGCAGUACAGCACAAUUCAUUGACCGUAAUUUAAAAGAAAGAGUUGAAUUGAAUGAGAAAAAUGUCUUUCUGUCAAAGAAGAGGGAGCGCAAGGUGAGAAAACAGGAAAACAAGUCAAAAAGAGCACAUAAUGAGAAAUUGGAGCAGCAAGCGAGGUUGCAGCUACUUGUAAAACACCAGGCUGAGGGUACCUUAACAGAUACGGAAUGUGACUAUCUGAGUAAGCUGACAAAGAGAAAUGUAUUAAACGCAAAGGCAUGGGAUUUAGACGAAGAUGACGAAGAUGAGUCAAUAGAAUUACAGAGGUAUAUACUAGAGAAGUUAUCGGAAUCUCAAAAGGACUCAAGAAGUCUGAACAGAAGAAAAAGAGUUAAGCUUUUCAAAGAGGAGAUUAAGGAAAAGGCGAACACUUCUUUGGAAAGGAAAUAUCCCGGUUUGACACCAGGUCUGGCACCCGUUGGACUAAGUGACGAGGAAUCUAGUGAUGAUGAAUAG